AUGGCUAAAAAGAAGAAGAAUACUCAACAACAACAAUCUAAUGGAGGAGAACAAUCCGAAGCUCCAGUUGCUGCUACUACUACCACUUCUUCUAAUCAAGUUGUAGAAGAAACAAAGCAACCAAAUGCUCCUAAACAACAACCAAAACAGAAAAAGCCAAAACAAAAGCAACCACAACAACAACCUAAUAAUCAACAACAACCACAAGAGGGAGAAAGUGUUGUUUCUACUACUACUCCUCAACAAUCUGCUCCAAAACAACAACCAAAGCAGAAAAAACCAAAACAACCACCACCACAACCUAAAAAGAAGGCUAAACAACAAAAUCAACAAGAAGCCUCAUCAUCAUCAGUUGUGGAAAGUGAAAAUAAGGAAGUGGAAGGUAAUGAUAGUAGUACUACUAUUACACCACCUCCACCACUUAAUACAGAGUCAUCAGUAACAACAACAGUAUCAGCAUCGACAGAACAACCUGCUGCUGCUAAAAAGAAGAAGAAGAAGAAAAAGAAGAAGGCUUCUACUACAAGUGGUUCAACCACUGAGGAAUCUGCAACAAUAACAACAGAUAAUAAUAAUACUGAAAAUGUUUCUCAGCCUUCAACUAUUGCUAACACUCCAACACAAGCAUCAAAUACUUCUAAACAAACAAAGUCUGCUAAAAAGCAAAAACAAAAACAACCUCAAAAUCAAUUAUCUAAAAAACAACAACGUCAUCAACAUCAACAACAACAACAAGCAAAUUUUCAACAACUUAAACAAAAGUUUGAAAAACCACUUCCAGCCUUUUUUGUUGCAUUUGAUUUAUUAACAAAUUUAGAACCAAGUAAAUUACAAAAAGGUUUACAAAUAUUUAUUGAUGAAAGUGAAAGAAUAAUUUUAGAAAAUAUUGAAAAUUUAAAUGAUGAUACUAAAUAUAAUUUAAUACAAGUUUAUCAAUAUCCAACAAUACCUCAUCCUGUAUUUGUUGAUAAAUUUUCAUCAAGUGAUUUAACAAGUUCAUAUUUUUACAAACAAUUUAAAUAUUUAUAUGAUAAAUCAAAUAAUGAAUUGAAAUUCAUUCCAUUUAAAGAUAACAAAUGUUAUAUUUAUCAAUUAUAUUAUAAUGAUCAAUUCUUUAUUAUUUUAUCAAAUAUAUUUAAAUAUAUUUUGAAGAAUUACCUAAAAAAGGAAAUGAAUAUGGUGAAAAGAUUUCACUUUUAUUACAAGUUAAAUUAUUUACAGUAA